CAGUGGCUAUUAGCCAGGAUGGGGAGGGAUGGUAUCCCUAGCCUCUGUUUCCCAGAAACUGGGAAUGGGAGACUGGGCACACUGGGAGACAAGGUGGUCGGGGAAGGGAAAUCAGCCCAGUGCUCUCUAGAAGAAGAGAGCAGUUUGUGCUAGGAAGGUGUGUGCUGUGAGGUGAAAGCUGCUUCAUCAGAGGGGGAAGCUCAAACACCCUUCCCAGACCACCUCCUCCCAGGUGAAUGGUACCAUGGCUGUGGUAUGUGCAGCUGUGUUUCAUUUAGGGAGGUGGCUUAGGGAGAGCUGGGCUGGGGAAGCAGAGACUGGAAACCUCCCGGUGCUCUGUGCUCAUUGUGUUUCCUUACCUCUGCUCUGGCUGUUGGGGAAUUAUAGGGUGCAGUGGAGGAAGGACUUGGGCUGAGCACUGCCAUUACCACAGCCCUCAUUCGCUCGGGGAUGCAGCAGUCGGACCCAGUCUUGCAGAAAGCUCUGAAGUGCCUAAAGGAACUAGUCAGUGCUGAUCCUGGCAGUUCCAGCCUCUACAGCCAGGCACUAGCAGCAAUUGCCUUUGCUCUGGCUGGGGAUGAGGUAAUGAGGAAAGAAAUAGUAAACAGAUUGGAUCAAUCAGCCAUCCUAGCAGAUGGGCAUAUGUAUUGGACCCAGCAGCCCAAACCAAAGGAGGGUUCCAUGUACUGGUAUCGGGCUCCGUCCGUUGAUGUGGAGCUGACAUCUAGCAACCUCAUGGUUCAUCUCUUGAAGCCAAACUUAUCUUCUGCUGACAUCAGAAGAGCGUCCCAGAUCGUGAGCUGGCUCACCAAGCAGCAGAAAUCCUAUGGAGGCUUUGCCUCAACCCAGGGCACUGUGGUUGCCCUUGAAGCCUUAGCCUUGUAUGGCCUCAAGACCUACAGCAAAGAUGGCCCUGACCUCCAUGCUUCCAUCUCCUCUGAGGGCUUCAGCCAUGAGAUCCAGGUGAACGACACCAACCAGCUUCUGCUGCAGACGGUGCAGCUGCCAGCCAUCCCCAGCAGCUACACAGUGCAGGCUCAGGGCCACAGGUGCCUGUUCCUCCAGGCAUUUUCUUUAACUGAAAAUAGAAAACAAACCCAAACAAAGACUCCAGCAUGGAACAUCUGUCUCCACGGAGUCUCGCCUGCAUGCAGGCAAGAUUGGGACAGUCAGCUGCUGACAGCUUUCCAACAGUCCUUUGUCAGUCAUGUCCCACUGAUGUCAGAUACCAUAGUGAGAGAUUAUGGGUGACGGGCCUAAUCAGUUGCCAGAACCAGGGAACUCGCAUCUGCUGGUCAUGCACCAACAUCAUCCCUGUGGGAUCCCAUCAUUCUCCAGUGACCAUCAAACCAACCUUGCAUGCAAUUGUUUUAAUUCUUUUCCUUGGGCAAUUCCCCAGCUUAAAUUGACUUGAAGCCAAAGACACCCUCCCCCUGGAAAGAAAAGUCAGACAGGAACUGUCAGCUGGGCAGGAAGCCAUAAUCCAAGCUCCCCAGCCAGAAGCUGCUCCAUGAAUCCCGCACAGGUUCCCCACAAUGCAGCACAGUCAUUGCUUUCCGAAGGCUGCAGGAAUGUUAUCGAGCUGUGGUGGGAGUCACUGCUGGAGGCCUCGCUUCCAUCCAGCCUCCUCCCCCUGCACUGAAAGACAGGGCAGAGCCAUUACCCAGCAGACAGGGGGCAGCAGCUCACCUCAAAUACUUGGGAGAUUCUGUCCCCCUUGGUAUCAUCUGGGAAAGCAGCUCGGCUGCUGUGUUAGUGAAGGCAGGCAGGAUGGGUGUGAUCCAGCCCAACCAUUCCCCUUGGCCUCAGUGGACUUUGGCGCAGGCCCUGCCUUGGCCAGCAGUGGGUGGGCUCCUGAGCUCCUUGGUCAGACUUCUGUUUUAGAUCCAGCCCCAGUGAAGUGCUUCCUGGAGUCAGCGGCGGCUCCAGGCACCAGCGCUCCAAGCGCGUGCCUGGGGCGGCAAGCUGCGGGGGGCGCCCUGCUGGUCCCUGCAAGGGCAGCAG